AAAGGACAAAUGUGGCAUAGGAUUUGAAUAUUUGUUUGGUUUAUUUCCUCCCUCCCUCUAACUUGUAUUUAUAUAGACAACCACAACAACAAUAACAUUGAGAAAAAGAAAAGAAAGAAAGGGGUAUUGCCAGAGCAGCAGCUAAUUGCACUACUGCAAAAUACACACUUUCUUCGUUUUUUGGAGCCCUAGUAACAACACUCUGUUAGAAAUAGCGGCUCGAAGUUAAGUGUGAAAGUCCGUUUCGGGUCGAGGAGAGUGGAGAUGAAUAUAUCACCAUCACAAUGCAAUAGUGGGUGUGAAUCUGGAUGGACAAGUUACUUAGAUGAGUCCUCCUAUCUUUCUCAAAGUCAGUUCCAAAAACCUGGGGGUUUUGCUGAUUAUGUGGAGACAAAAGAAGAAGAAGAUCUGUCGAUGGUGUCUGAUGCUUCUUCUGGACCUCCACAUUACCACGAAUUUGAUGAAGACUGCGUGUACGAAAACAGGUCUUCCUUUUCGGUUUCGUGGGGUUCCAAGUUGGGAAAGAAGGGCAAGAAGAAAAGCAAAGGAAGUGGCAGCCGAGAACAACACCUUGAUGACACUGCUAGCUCCCCAGUCCUCAACUACUCCAAGAAGAAGUUGAGUGCUAAUUUCCCAAAGGAUGAAUCUUCAAUGCAGAAUGUAUUGGAUUACUCUGAGGGUUUUUCUGCAACACAUAUAAAGGGAAAAUCUGCAUUGCUGCAGCACUUUGGUUUCUUCAAGUCAUCUCUAGCCAAAAGUCCAGCUUCACAAAAACCAGGUGAUUUCCAAGGAGGAAGUUGGGAGUGAUAUAUAAGGCGAUGACAGGAAUGAAGUAUCUCAUUUCAUCUGCUGCAGUUGUGGAGAUAAGAGAUUGGGAAACAAACAAUGUAAAAGAUAGAAGGCAAUUAGAUCCCAUGGGAUCUUGUUCCUUGCUUUUUUUGCUACCUUUUUUCCAAUCAAUUCCAUUUUAUUUCUUCUUGUCAACGCUGUAGGAAACAACCUAAGGAACACAAAAAAUAUUAUUAAAUUUUCGGCC